UUAUUCAAACGGAUCACUAUUUCUAAAUAGCCAAUUAUAUGGUGUUUCUACGUUGCUUCUGCAUUAAACAGCAUUGAUAUUUAGCUCUAUUCAUGAAUAAUUUAUAUAUCCAAAGUCCAAACAAUAGACACAUGCAAAAGAUAAAAUUCAAUGAAUAUUGAUAUUAUUUCCUUCUUGAUAAAUCUUACAUGUAUACUUCUUCUACCUUCCCUCAAAUUUUCCAUAGCAGUAGAUACUCUUGAUCUCUCUCAAUCCUUCACUAAUGGCAUGACCUUGGUUUCACAAGGUGAAAAAUUUGUACUUGGUUUCUUCAGUCCUAUGAAUUCCAACAAAAGUUACUUGGGGAUUUGGUAUAAGAAUAUUCCAGUACAAACAGUUGUUUGGGUUGCUAAUGGUGUCAAACCUAUCAAUGAUUCCUCCUCCGGAAUCCUAACACUAAACGACACUGGGAACCUUGUCCUUAAACAAAGAGACGAAGUAGUUUGGUAUACAACAUCUCAACAAGGUUCCCUGAAUCCAGUUGCACAACUUUUGGAUUCAGGGAAUCUUGUGAUACGAGGCGAGAAGGAAACAAACCCGGAAGUCUAUUUGUGGCAGAGUUUUGAUUACCCUUCUGAUACAAUACUUCCUGGGAUGAAGUUAGGUUGGAAUCUUAGAACUCAUACGGAAAGGAGAAUGACGUCUUGGAAAAGUCCGGACGAUCCAUCACCAGGAGACUUAUACUGGGGAUCGUUACUUUAUAAUUAUCCUGAACAAUAUCUUAUGCAAGGAACAAAGAAAUAUGUAAGAGUUGGACCAUGGAAUGGAUUGCACUUUAGUGGUGUACCAGAUCAAAAGCCUAACAAUGUUUAUGCUUACAAUUUUGUGUCUAAUAAGGAUGAGAUAUACUAUACAUACAGUAUGUUGAACGAUUCUGUAAUAUCAAGAAUGGAAUUGAAUCAAACGGAUUCAAUUUAUUAUCGAUAUGUAUGGUCCGAAGAUCAACAAAUUUGGAACGUUAUGAAAUCACUACCAAAAGACAGGUGUGACUAUUAUAGAAAAUGUGGAGUCUACGGUAUUUGCACAAUCACAGGCUCGCUAUUAUGCGAAUGCUUAUCAGGGUUUAGCCCUAGGUCUCCAGCUGCUUGGAACUCAUCUGAUUGGUCUCAAGGAUGUGUCCGAAAUAAACCGUUAAACUGUACUAACAAACUCAAUGAUGGAUUUGUGAAAGUGAAAGGUCUGAAAAUUCCAGAUUGUUCACAUACUUGGGUAGAUCAAACAAUAGGUCUAAAUGAAUGUAGACUGAAAUGCUUGAAUAAUUGUUCUUGUACGGCUUAUACUAAUUCUAACAUAACCGGAGAAGGCAGUGGCUGUGUCAUGUGGUUUGGUGAUUUAAUUGAUAUUAGGGAGUUUGAAAAUGAUGGUCAGGAUCUAUAUAUUCGAAUGGAUGCUUCAGAAUUAGGCAAAGAGGGGCAUGAUGGGCUCAAGAAGAAUCUGAUAAGCAUUCUUGCUAGCAUCAUUAUAGCAUCUGGGAUGCUAUUUUUUGGAUAUCGUCUCUACAUACUGCGGCACAGAAUAACUGAGGAUUCAGAAAAUAUUGAACUAGAAGGUGGCAGAGGUAGUGAAGAUGAGGAUGAUCUUGAUCUCCCACUGCUUACAUAUUCAACCUUAGUCACUGCCACUGAUAACUUCUCGAUCAAGAACAAGAUUGGAGAAGGUGGUUUUGGACCUGUAUACAAGGGAAGAUUGGCAAGUCGACAAGAAAUUGCUGUGAAGAGGCUUUCAAGUGACUCUGGCCAAGGAAUUAACGAGUUAAAGAAUGAAGUAAAACUUAUAGCAAAACUUCAACACAGAAAUCUUGUUAAACUUCUUGGCUGUUGCAUCGAGGAAGAACAUCGAAUGCUAGUUUAUGAGUACAUGCCAAACAAUAGCUUAAAUUGGUUGAUUUUUGAUGAUACCAAAAGCAAACUGCUAGAUUGGCCAAAGCGCUUCAACAUUAUUUGCGGAAUUGCCCGAGGUCUUCUUUAUCUUCAUCAAGAUUCUAGACUGAGGAUAAUUCAUAGAGACCUCAAACCAAGCAAUAUUUUGCUUGAUGACAAGUUGAACCCGAAAAUAUCAGAUUUUGGCAUAGCUAGAAUCUUUGGAUUAGAUCAGACUCAUGGAAAUACAAGCCGAGUUGUUGGAACUUAUGGCUACAUGGCACCAGAAUAUGCUGCGGAUGGACUUUUUUCUGUGAAAUCUGAUGUAUUCAGUUUUGGAAUUUUGAUGCUGGAGAUUAUAUGUGGAAAAAGAAGUAGAGGUUUUUAUGUCGAAAACGAAUCUCCUAAUCUUGUCACUCAUGCAUGGAGUUUAUGGAAAGAGGGAAGGGCUUUAGAACUAAUCGACAAAAACAUAAAAGACGCUUGUGUUGAAUCAGAGGCAUUGCGUUGCAUUCAUGUCAGUCUCUUGUGUGUCCAGCAAUUUCCCGAGGAUAGGCCUGGUAUGCCUUCUGUGAUUCUAAUGUUAGGGAGUGACGGUGAAUUUGCGAAGCCGAAAGAGCCUGGUUACUAUGUAAACAAGUAUUCGUUUGCAGAAACUUCGAAGUCAGGUCAAAGUGAAAAGACCAUAACCAAUCAGAUGACUAUCACCUUAUUAGAAGCCAGAUGAAAAAAGGAACAAUAGCUAAUAUCUUCAAUCACAUCAUUUAUGUAGCACCGACAAUUCAUAUUGAAGGCGUGACACAUUAAUGUCUGACACCAACACAAUAUUGACACAUGUAUUACAUUCAAUCACUUCAAUUUUUUGAAAUUAUUACUGAUGUCUAUGUGUUAUAGUCA